AUGUUUUUUUUUUUUUUUCUUUUUCUUUUGUCCCCCGCAGCAAGUCAAAAACACACACAGACAGGAAACGGUUGCGAGGGCGCGACGAUGAGCGCGACGACGAAGCAGAUGGUCAAGCCGACCAGCAUUGUGCACCGGUACAUGACGGAGGGACAACGCGUCUGCGUGUGGCUUGUGCACGAUACAAAAAUGAAGAUUGAGGGCGUUAUUUUGGGCUACGAUGAGUUUAUGAACGUGGUGCUUGGUGAUGCCUCGGAGGUGCACCAUAAGACAAAGGAGGUGGUGCACGUGGGGAAAAUUCUUCUUCGCAGCGAUAACAUUGGCGUUAUUCAUCCCAUAGGCGUAUAG